AUGAAGAGUUAUACGAAAUCUACAUACGUUUAUACCAAAUUAAGAAAGAACUUUGGUAAACAACCGCUAUUUCAAAUGGUACCAGCGCAUAUGUUAGAUUCUAUAAACCCAAAUAAAGAACUACAAAAACAGUACAUUCUACGGAAUCCUGUUCUUAAAGGAGUCCAAGCCGUGUUGCCUCAAUCGGAACACGAUAGCAAUACAAAGAGAGUAGAAUUGAACGAGCAAGGUAUAAAUCAUACGGAAGGCGGUUGGCCUCGCGAUGUUCACUUGUACAAUGAAGAGCAUCUAGCACGCCACCGUCGCCGUAUACAGCAUGAUGAUAACUAUGUCCACACAGUGUUAAAUCUUUACCCACACUUCGAACAUUUCAUAACACAAAACAAUGCUAUUGAAAUGUAUCAAACUUACUUCCACGGCAUGAAACAACAAGAUCCAGUUGAAAAGCAUAAUGUUCAAAUUGCAAAUACAUUUCGUGACAAAUUUCAUCGACCUGUAUCUUGUAUUGUGUGGACCCAAGAAAAGCAUUCAAAGUUAGUUGCAAGCUAUUCUUACAAGACGCGGCUAGUUCAACCCGAAUCAAAUAGUGAAAACGUUUGCUUUGUAUGGGAUAUCAAUAAACAAACAGAGCCAAUCUAUGAAUUUUUACCAAAGCAUAGCUGUUGGCAAGUAGCCUGCUCACCAGUAGACCCUAAUUUAAUAAUUGCGGGGCUGGACAAUGGUACAGUAAAUGUUUUCGAUAUUCGAGUUGGUAUCCAUUGUGUGACAAGCAGCUCUAUUUAUAAUUCUCAUUUUGCUCCAAUAACAUCAUUGUUAUAUACUCACUCAAGAACAAACACAGAAGUCUUCACAGGUUCUCCCGAUGGUCAAUGUCUCUGGUGGGAUGUAAGAAAUCUCUCUAACCCUCUAGACCAACUUCCAAUGUCAAUAAGAUUAUCAGCCGAUCAGACGCCUAAUUUAACUAAUGCAGAAGGUGUUAGUAAUUUAGAAUUUGAUCGUGGACUUCCAACCAAAUUUUUAUGUGGUACAGAGUCAGGUUUAGUUAUAAACGCUAAUCGUAUGGGAAGAAGUCAUUCAGAAAUAUUAACAUCAUAUUGGGAAGCACACUCGGGCCCCGUAAGAGCGGUUCAUAGGAGUCCGUGCACUUUAAGAAUGUUUAUUACUUGCGGUGAUUGGAGUGUUCGGAUUUGGAGUGAAGAGGUACGAACUGCUCCAAUAAUAGUAACCCCACCUUAUCGUUAUGAAGUCACAGAUGUUGUUUGGGCACCAUUACGGUAUUCUAGUUAUAUGGCUAUAAGUGAAGAUGGUGUAUUUUAUUUCUGGGAUCUCUUAAGAAAACAGAAACAACCUGUCGCUACUCUCAAUAUCUCUAAAUUUGGUCUGACUAAAUUGAGCCCUCAUUGGAAAGGUGAACUUACGGCUGUCGGAGAUAAUGAUGGAUCGCUUUUCCUUCUUAAUUUAUCAGAUAAUAUGGUAAUGCCUGGUCCUAACGAUAAACAGUUAAUGCACCAAACUUACGAUCGCGAAACCAGACGUGAACAUAUUAUAGACAAUCGAGUAAAAGAGUUGCGAUUAAAGGCUCGUGUUGAAGAAGAAAUGCCUGUUCAAAUAGAACCCGAUGAAUAUUCUAAUGAAGAUGAUUUUGAGAGACAAACUGAAGAAUAUUUUGAUAUAGUCAAAAAAGAAAUGACAUUAGUGGGUGGUAUAUUCCCAGAGAAUUGUACAUUAACCGAAUGA